AGCUAGUUAGUAGAUCAAAAAGCUUGUGUACAUGAAUGUCCAUGUAUAGAAAUUGUGAUAAUUAUGAAAAAAAUACCUUAAGAAAAUUUAUAAAAUGAAAAAUCAUAAGAGAAAUAUUUAUAAAUACAAAACAAAGUAAAUCACAAACUAGCAGUAUGGUUGCGGAGGGCAGGGUGAUGGGUCGUCGCUUUGUGCUAACCCUGGUGAUCGGAAUAUCCGCCGGUUUUAGUUUUGCGUACAUUCUGCUAACCUCGGCCGGAUUCACGCGGGAAGUAGCUUGGUCCACCUACAGGGAAUCAGCGCGUGACCUUGAAAAACAUCCAAUACCAAGUGUCCUAGACCAUGGCAGCGAAGAGCCAGCACACAGAGACGAGGAUAGGUCGGUGGCUGAUGAACUGGCAAAACGUGUGAGAGUGCUUUGCUGGGUUAUGACGCAACCCAACAACCACAGGAAGAAGGCCAUGCAUGUGAAGGCGACGUGGGGAAAGAGAUGCAAUAAAUUGCUUUUCAUGAGCACCACUGAAGAUAGUUCGUUACCUGCCGUGAAACUACCAGUGUCAGAAGGCAGGGAUUAUCUUUGGGCCAAGACGAAAGCAGCGUUCAGAUAUGUUUAUGAACAUCACAGGAGAGACGCUGAUUGGUUCUUAAAGGCUGAUGACGAUACGUAUGUGAUCGUUGAGAAUCUAAGAUACAUGCUUUCAGAACAUGACAGCAGAGAUCCGAUAUAUUUUGGAUGUCGCUUCAAACCUUUUACUGCGCAGGGUUACAUGAGCGGUGGAGCGGGUUACGUCCUCAGUAGAGAAGCGUUGGACAGGUUCGUGAACAAAGGCUUGCCUUCACCUCAUCUCUGCAAGGCAAGCGACCAUGGGGCAGAAGAUGCUGAAAUGGGUAUAUGUUUACAACACAUCGGCGUGAAGGCGAUGGACUCGCGGGACUCGUUGCAGCGCGGUCGGUUCUUCCCCUUCGUGCCCAAAGACCACUUGUUCCCCAACAAGGACAAGGGCUUUUGGUACUGGCAGUACAUUUACUACCCGACUGACGAGGGUCUGGACUGCUGUUCCGACCACGCGGUAUCAUUCCACUACGUGGACCCAGAGCAAAUGUACGUAUUGGACUACCUCAUUUACCACUUAAGGCCUUUCGGCAUCAGCUACGGUGGUGGUCAUCUGCCCAAGAACGACACCAGGGUCACCGAAGGACGGUAAGACAUUCCUAUGCUAGUCAACAUACCAAAUUUUAAAUAUAUAAAGUUAGUUUUGCAAAAUGCCUAAACGUGAUAUGAAUUAUAUUUGAUUGAUUCUGACUAAACAGUUCAUCGCGAAACAAAGAUGGCAGAAUUUAUUUCGUCAACGUAUAAUACCUCUUUUAGUUGAUACAUGUACCAAAACCAAAUAUAUGUACGAAAAUAGCUUUUUUCUAAGAUAUUUAAUGACUACACAAGCAAUUUCAUUUUUACAUUCAUAAAUUACGAGCAGAGAGUACGACGGAAUAUAUUCCUUCGCAUUCUAAAGAGAAAUAAAAAGACAUAUAAUAACAUAUACUCGCAAUUUGAAAUCAUUCUCUUCAAACAUUUGUGGCGCACAAUAGUUUUGUUUCCUUGAAUGACUGAUUCUUUUAAAUCAUGACCAUUAUACAAGCUUUUUGCGGCUGACUCCUGGAAAACAUCGUCUAUGCUCAUUCUAAAUCUCCCCACUUUUUAAGUCGACUGUCAUAGAAAUUGCCUAUUCACUGUCUUAAAAAAAAAUUAUAAUUACGAAGAAAAUUACAAUUAUUUCAUUUUCAAAGAUCUUUUGUAGUACGAUACAAUUGUUCUUUAGUACAGUUUAGCAUUUUGCAAAAGUCACGACCAGCUAUGAUCACAGUUACCUUAAGCGGCAUUUUAUAUGUGGUUAUUCGUAUACGAAUGUAAAAAUAACUCAAUUUAAUAACUUGCAUAUACAUAAUAAAGAGACGUGUAAAUAAAACAGUAUAAGUGACGUUGUCGAUCUAAGGAAAAAUGACUUUUUAAUAAUUCGAAAAGAAACAAAUUCAACUUGAAUUUGUACUGUUAUUAAAAAUAACACUAUAGUAAUGUUUAUUAAGCAAUAUAUAUUAUGUAUGAAUCUGCAUAAUAGUGUUUAAGUUAAAUCUUAUAAAUCAAAAUGAUUCGAGAAAAUAUGUUCAUAAAUUUCAUACCAAAAAUUCAACCUUGUAUAUAUGAAUAUUUAGGGACGUUUCUACUGCAAUGUAACCAGACUUGCCAUAAAACAAUUUUAUUUAUAAAAAGCAUAAUAUAUUUAAAAAAAAAAACCUAUUUACAUAAUUGCAUUUAAGGUGUAUUUAAUUUGAAAUUAUAAUUUAUAAUCUGUAAUGGGAUUACGAAUGUAUUUAAAAAAAGACAUUUUAUAAUUAAAUUAAUUUUUGGAUUAACCCUAAUCCCCCACAAAAUCCGUGUCAAAAACUAUUCAGAUACGUUUGAAAAACACUCCAUUCGUAUAUGCUGUACUCCUCUUGCAAAUGUACUGAAUAUUAAAGUUUGUAUGUUCAAACCUAACCAAAAUAAUUGUUUGUUAAUCAAAAUUUUUCUUAUCAAAUGAUUUCCGGCUGAUUGUAUAUAAAUGGGUUUUGUAAAAUAAAUUAUGUAACAUAGACAACAUUACACUUCAUGACAUAAAUAGUGCGUUUAUUCAUCAUAUUAAGUAUAAUACAUAAAUAUAAGCGUAGAUUUGUGCAUUCAGUAAAGGAUAAAAGUAGUUUUUAUACAUAAUAACGUGGGUUUUUCUUUUGUUAUCAGGGUUUAGUUUAGAUUAUUAUAGUAGUUAUAAAAAAUGUAACCAAAAGUCAAAUACUCAAUUUCACUACGAGUGGAAUUAAUAUAGGAUUAAUGUAAUACAUACGAUAUUGACAUAGUGGUUCAUGUUGCAGCUCCACGAUACCACAGAGUAUAAAUUCUACAUAAAUAUAAAUAGUCAGUCAAGUUAUUAUGAAGGAAAUUAUUAAUGUUCCUAUAUUUUAUAUUGAUAAUUUAGUUCAUACGUUCACAGGACAUUAUGAGUUAUUUUCGAAGCAAUUAUUAUGAAAGUCAGUUGAAUUUAUACCUCAUGUCUUGGUACGUGUGUUUAAUUUCGUGUGUAUUUAUAGUUAAGAAACUAGUCGUUAUGUUUAUAAUAUCACCAAAGAAUCCUAUUCGUGUUAGAUGAAAAUUGAAGCACCUAUUUAGAAUAUUUUGUAUAUUGCUGUGAACAUAUUUAUAUAUACUUAUAUUUGUAAUGAUACUGGCAAACAUCUUAAACAUUUUUCGUACGUGCAACAAUUUAUUGGUUAAAAAUGGCCGACUGUAUUAACCAAUCGUUGGCUCGAAACAGUAAUAAUUGAUUUCAAUCUACCAAUUGUGUGCGGUCCGUUUUCUAGUGUCGACCAAUAAUAUCAAUACUGUGUGUAGACAUUGUUUAUUUAUUUUGAAUUGUUAAGAUGUUUUCCGGUUACUUAUAUAUAUAUUUUGUAGUCAUUUAAUUUUUAAGCUUAUUAUAUUUAUGUUAUCGAUUUUAAUAAAAUUUGUAUAAAUAAUAGAACAAAGCGUGUUUAGAUUUGUUCAAUUCGUUUUCAAAAGAUAUUAUGUAAUGGUUAAACAUGCAAAACAUUGAUGAUUAAGUCAAAUUUAUAUAGUAACAUAAAUAUCACAGAUUUCUACAUGACAGUUAUUGCAGUCUGUCUGUGUAAGCUAAGCUGGCGACUAAUUCGAAGGCACGUUUAGUUUGUUUGCUGAAGGACAAAGGUCGACACAAACAAACGUUGGCGACUGAUAUAAUAUUUCUCUUUCAUUAUAUUUGUACAAAUUUUAUUAAAAUAGAACAUACAUUUCCUAUACCAUGAUAUUACUUAAUAAAUCUCAAAAUAAAUACUUAUAGUACUAUUUGUAUGAUUAUUGUUAUGGGAUAUUAUAUCUUCCUAUAUAUUUUGCUAAUAAGGUUCUCUUAAACGAAAUUUAAUUUUGAUUAAAAUUUUAACAAAAUUAAAUAAGGCGCGGAACACACCAGCCUUAUUUCUCUCAUCUAAAGCGCAAAUGAGAUACAACACUAUUUAGUUUUGAAGCAUUUUCCAUUCUGUUCAGAACGUGUGGGUAUAUUUAUCGCAUUAACGAAUCCACCAAAAUCCACCCUUUUUUUUACCCACAGUACCAUCUUAUGAGGCUAAUAUAUAAAGAAUAAUAUUUUCUAACAGUCAGCGUACAGUUUUAUCGUUUAAAGAAAUUUAUGGAUAAUAUCUUUAAGAAAUGAUGUUCUUUGUAAUAUGUAUGUAUUCGCUAAUUUUAUAUAUAAUAUAUUAUGGUUUAAAACAUUGACAUUUUAAUUUGCUCAAUAUUUA